ACAUCUUGAUGCAUAGGUGGCGAUAUCCCUCCUUAUCACUCCAUGGGAUAGAAGGUGCUUUCUCUGGGUCAGGUGCCAAAACAGUGAUUCCUCGGAAAGUGAUUGGAAAAUUUUCAAUUAGAUUGGUACCAGACAUGACUCCAGAAGCUGUAACCAAACAGGUUCAAGAUUACUUGUCCAAAAAGUUUGCUGGGCUGCAAAGUCCCAAUAAAUUCAAAGUAUACUUAGGCCAUGGUGGAAAACCUUGGGUGUCAGAUUUCAACCAUCCCCACUACAUGGCUGGCAGAAGAGCCAUGAAAACAGUAUUUGGUGUGGAGCCAGACUUGACGAGGGAGGGAGGAAGUAUACCCGUCACCCUGACCUUCCAAGAAGCAACAGGCAAAAAUGUAAUGCUGCUCUCCACAAGAAUUGUUCCUCAUACUACUCUAGAUGCAACAUUAUAA